UUGUGGGGUCUCGCUUGGGUUCAUAUUUCUGCUAUGGAUGAAUCUUUGAUUGGACAACACCAGGAGGUAGAUAGCAGCUCUAGUGCCCGAGAAUCUGAUGAUAAACACUCUGUCCUGCAUCGCGAGCGAAGAGCCGUAAAAAACAAUGCAACCCACAAGCAAGACUUUGAAAAACGACUGAAGGCCAUGGAAGAAAGGCGAGUCACAGGACGCGUACCUUUGUUGUUCCGAAAACGGAUUGAAUUUGGAUUAGGACUUCAACCUGACUAAAAUUUCAACCAAAGUCACAUGUUUUAUCGCGCGUUAUAUUGUUUCCUCUUUUUGCGGCGGAAUUUUUCGCGGAAUGAAUUAGAGUCGCUUUUUUUAUUAGGCAAGAAAAGAAGAAAAACGUGUGUUACAAGAAAGCGAAAAUCUUCGCGCCUUUCCCUUUUGGGCAUCCAUUUUUCUGUUAUAAUAUUUUAUCAUGUAUAUCUGUACUAUUCAUAUAACGUGUAUUGCCCAACAAAGUACAGGUCUCUAACCUACUUUAAGGUACCCUUAAUAUCCUUGACAGCUUUAACAUUAUUAAUGCGUUCUUUGUUGCGUGUUUUAUGUACUCGUACCAUAAUAACCUUUUUCCUCAUACGUUUAACACCACCUUUAGUAAUCGCCAAGUACACACAUUUAAUACUUGAAAUGCUAAUAACUACCGACCACAUUUCUGUAGAACAAACAUUAAACAGUUCACAAUCCUCCAUCUAGGACCUAACCUAUGAAACUCCCUUCCCCAUAAUCUUACGGAACUGACAAGUUACUCUAGUUUCAAGACUUCAUUUAAAAAAUACCUUAUCGAGAGAGCUCUAAAUUAAACUCGCUUGACCAUAUGACAGCUUACAUUAAAUCAUAAUUAAGUAUGAGGAGCCCAAUUUCUACAAGCUAUUUAGCUUCUAAUGGGCUUCCUCGCCACUCUAUCUAUUACAAAAGUUAAGUCACUUAAUAUUACAUUUAAUCUUUUGGACUAUUUUUGAAGCUUUCCUGCCCUGUAAAUUUGCAGUCUUAGUAAUAAUGUAUAUAUCUUUUUCCUUUUCUUUCUGUAAUAUUUAUUCUAUGUGGCAAAUGUAAAAUACAUAAAUAAAAUAUAAACCCUGUUCCUUCCAGUUGUUAAGAUAAUGGGGACAGCGCAAAGAAGAGUCAGCAGGAAAAGCAGACUUCGCGCAGCACUCCACAAUCUGAACGCCAGGAACAGGCUAGCUUUGAGGCGUUAUUUUUCGCGAGAACUUUUUUCAAUGGUCUCUUAUUGUUAGGAACAGUAAAGGAUAUUGCGUUUAUUGGGGGGGGGGGGGGGUUGUAGAUUUUGGUUUUGAUGUAGUCUAGUUAAACGCUCAUGCAGCGCAAAUUUUCGUGUGUUUCUUGUUGUUGCCGAGAGUCACUCAUUUUUUUAAAUUACCUCACCGAAAAUCUUUUCUCCUCUCUUGCAGGCAUAAUAAGAGUACAAGGCGAUUGCAGGAAAUAGAGAAGAGGUUUAAUAUACUGGUUUUGUCAGUUCGAUCAUUAUGUGCAUCUCUUUUUUAUAACGUUCUAAAAAAAGCUUUAAUUUCAUACGUUUAUCCUUUAUCCUUUGGAGAGACUACAUUUCUAAUGAAGAUUGAUCAUGAAAACAGUCUCGCUGAUAUAGCAAGCAUUUCAGUGGCAUUAAGGUGACUCGACCCAGUUUUUUUGGGGGGGUACCAUCCUACUUUGAAGCUCUCCGGUAUCCCCACCUUUACUUUUAUCGUAAGUCUAACACAUAGAAUGGAUAACAUAUAGAUCAAUCUACAAAAUAACCUAAAAUUUUUGGCGAUCGGAGUAAAUGUCACGUGGUUAUAGUGCCACGCCCCUUUGAGGUUUGAGUGGAAAAUCGGCUGUUGCCGGCAUUUUUUUGUGAAAAUCUCUCCGCUACACAUAGUGCGCAUUAGUGCCUUGCGCUGAACAGAGUUUCACCAAAAUCGCAAAGACCCAAUUCGAGAAAUUCAGCGGUUUCCAAAUUUAGCUCAUAAUUUAUGCGGAAAUGAUAAGCAAACUUUACACGGAUUAUAUCUAAUAAACCAAGAGAUUCAUCCCUUUAUUUUGGGCAUCGUUAUAACAGAUGGGUCCUUGCAAGUCAGCAAAACGCUUUAGGGCCUUGUAAAUGCGCGCGAUUUCGAGCAAAGCAAACAUAUAGCAAUUAUAGUUUUCGCUAUUUGUUGGCGUUUGUCAGCGUUUGAGAGUCCUUCUCACGAAAAAAGCAUUUUUUUUAAAAUUCGUAGUUUUUUUUCCUUCAAAUUUUUUCAGGGCCACAAUUGAUUAACUAACUACCCGGACUCUGAAUUUCAUGGACAUUGAAAAACUGUGACACUAUCUUCUAUAAGCUCAAACUUGAGUAAACAUUGAAGAUUUUUAGCGUUUUGGCUGAGUUUGUGCUUUGGGAGUUGUCUAUUGUUUCUAGUCUGUCAUGAUACAGCAUUCUUGUUCAGCACGCGUGCAAUGACCGCGUUUGGCUGACUUCCGAAUGCUCACCGAGAUAUUAUAAUUUUGGUACAGUGAGACAAGCCAUCGCGUGAUACAUAGAGGUUCAACUAACAAUUUUUAAUCAAUUCUCGUGCUUCUUGUGUCUUUGCAAAAAAAUCAAGAAGUGCUACACACUAAGUCUACUUACUAUUUCAAAAAUGUCAUUUUUUUAUAGGUUUAAUGCAAGCCAAUAAUUAAACCAACUCGUGACGGGAAUAUCUCGGUGAGCAUUCGGAAGUCAGCCAAGCGUGGUCAUUGCACGCGUGCUGAACAACAAUGCUGUAUAAUGACAGACUAGAAACAAUAGACAACUCCCAAAGCACAAACUCAGCCAAAACGCUAAAAAUCUUCAAUGUUUACUCAAGUUUGAGCUUAUAGAAGAUAGUGUCACAGUUUUUCAAUGACCAUGAAAUUCAGAGUCCGGGUAGUUAGUUAAUCAAUUGUGGCCCUGAAAAGAUUUGAAGGAAAAAAAACUACGAAUUUUUAAGAAAAUGCUUUUUUCGUGAGAAGGACUCUCAAACGCUGACAAACGCCAACAAAUAGCGAAAACUAUAAUUGCUAUAUGUUUGCUUUGCUCGAAAUCGCGCGCAUUUACAAGGCCCUAAAGCGUUUUGCUGACUUGCAAGGACCCAUCUGUUAUAACGAUGCCCAAAAUAAAGGGAUGAAUCUCUUGGUUUAUUAGAUAUAAUCCGUGUAAAGUUUGCUUAUCAUUUCCGCAUAAAUUAUGAGCUAAAUUUGGAAACCGCUGAAUUUCUCGAAUUGGGUCUUUGCGAUUUUGGUGAAACUCUGUUCAGCGCAAGGCACUAAUGCGCACUAUGUGUGGCCGAGAGAUUUUCACAAAAAAAUGCCGGCAACAGCCGAUUUUCGACUCAGACCUCAAAGGGGCGUGGCACUAUAACCACGUGACAUUUACUCCGAUCGCCAAAAAUUUUAUGUUAUAUUGCAGAUUGAUCUAUAUGUUAUCCAUUCUAUGUGUUAGACUUACGAUAAAAGUAAAGGUGGGGAUACCAGAGAGCUUCAAAGUAGGAUGGUACCCCCCAAAAAAAAACUGGUUCGAGUCACCUUAAGAGCUGAUUCAGUGACGGUUGUUUCGGGCAUUGGGAAUUGCGCACUUGGAAGCAAGGUAACCGGUCAUUUCGCCCCGGUUACUUAGCCCCCUAUUUUUCAGUCAUUUAGCGCGCUUCAAAUAUAAUAUGCCUCGUUCUAGAGUAGGGGGCUAAGUAACCGGGCGAAAUGACUUGGGGGCGAGAUGACCGGUAACCGGAAGGAAUUUUUUAGUAGUUACUCAAGAAAAUCAUCGCAUGCACGAAUGUCCAUUUCCAUUGACCAUUGCUUAUGUCCAGGAUCAAUCUUGCUAGCAAAUUGUUUUCGCAGUUUUAGCAAAAAAAUUUAAAGGAAACUGAUAUCAGAAAUGUAGCAAAUUCUGCAAAAAUAGCGAAAGUAAAAAGGAUUUUUACUUUUGCAAAAUAUCGCAAGAAUAGCAAGAUUUCCAAAUUUGACAAAAUUCUAGACUAAGAAAGAGGAUUGGCCAAGAAGCGAUUUGAGAAGCAAAAACCGCAAAAAUCGCAAGUAAAAUCUAUCAGUUUCUUCCUCUGCUGGCUUAACAUUAACCUAAUGUCUCAGCUAAAAUUUGACUUUGGUUAUUUCCUUGAUCUUUCCCAGACUUGAUGCCCUUCUGCGCAUACCUCCUCGAUCUGGAGACUUAAUCGAUUCUCUCAUGCGUUACAUUUUAGGUUGGUGUAUUGUGGUGAUUAAUUAUUGUAAUGGCUAAUCACUGCAGACAAAGGAAAUUUCUAAAACAAUCUAGCAAUCUAAACGGGCAGCGAAAGUCUAAAGGAGCUGUGCCAGGAAAUUCAGCGCAAAGGACCUGGCCUCGAAAAUUGAGCGAGCAUUAAAAAAGUGAAAACAUUGACGAAAAGUUCCCUAAAAGAGAAAUGGAUAUGCAAAUUGUCGAAAAAGAGGAAACUGACUGCAAUAUUGAGGGUUUUUGAGAACUGUUCAUCCUGACCUUUUUCAGUCAUUGAAUGUAAACCUUAGAAUACAUAUUUGUCACCACGGACAAAGGUUCCCACUUAUUUAACUAUAUUUGACUCGAUCAUGGUGCAAAAAUUGCGACAAAUGAACAUGUCUGCGACUGCCUCUUACCCAGAGGUCCCUCUCUCUCGAUGAAAAUUUGCGCGCAAAGGAAGGCGGGAAGGAGAAAACUGCCAAGACGUCGCUUCUCCUCUCUUCUUUCACCUUCCCAUGGUCCCUUGGGCUUCGUUACCAGUCACUCGCGUUUCGCGGUCGCCUUUGUGGAAAAAAACGAAGAGCCUAAGGAGGAGGCAGUGUGUGCGACAUGAUUCCGGGAAACUGUCCACCUACCCCAUCCCUGUAAUCCUUUUUUUUACUCUCUACUCUAGGACAGCGUGGUCAAAAUACAGGCAAGGAGAGAGUUGGACCACCUGGCCCUCCUGGAUCACCUGGACCAACUGGAUUGCCUGGACCAUCAGGCCCCAGAGGCACACAAUAAAAUAUCCUAUCUUAAAAAUAAAAUAAAAAUAUCCUCAAUAAUUAAAAAUAAAUUUGUCACCAACCGCAAUACAGUAACACCCUUUCCAUAUCCUCCCCUUAAGAAAAUGAAAACCAAGGCAAAAAUGUGUGCUAAGAGCACUUUGCUUUGCAUACGUUAAAAAUUCGGAUCGCGAAGAGAGCCAACCAAAAUCGCUCAGACAAAUGAUACCGUUUAAAAACCCUAAGGUUCAGCACCAUUUCUUUAUAGGGGAACAGGGAAAACCUGGCACCAACAAGCCAUUUCAAGGCCCUCCAGGUCCUAAGGGGGAUCAAGGACCUGUUGGAAAGACUGGAGCCAAAGGACCUCAAGGAGCUAAAGGGCAAAGGGGACAGGAUGGGUCUGGCAGUUCGGGGGUGAAGUAUGUGCGCUGGGGAAGGACCACAUGUCCUAGCGGGGCACAGAUAGUGUAUAAAGGUGAAGAGACAAAAAAACGAACUGAGUACUAAGGACAUAACCGUGAAAAAUUUUAAAGCGACACCCGUAAACAAGUUCCUAUUCCCAAAUAAUUCAAGCAUCUGGUGAUAGAUCAAUUUGUGAUGCUGAUGCUUAAGCUGCAGAUAAGCGCACUGGAACAUUUUUGUCAAAACCUUUAUAAAAAAAGUUAUUGCAUGAGUUUUUUGGUGAUAGCAUGAUCUCCGGAAUCAGUAAUCAAGGUCGAGGUGAAAAGAAAAAAUAAUGAGAAACACAUCGUCGAACGGAACACAGUUUUACAUCCCUCUUGGAAAUCAUACAUUAUUAUCAGAUAACUAAUUACGGUAAUCUAUCCUUUGCGCGGAUUUCCAAAAUCUACUGUAGGCCCCUUAGCCAGUGAAAGACAGAUAGCGAGUACAACGCGUAAUAAUGUGGCUAUAUGAGCUUAUAUGAUUAUUCUCCCUUUGCUUCAUACAGGUAUAGUGGGUGGAGAGUAUUACAAUCACCAUGGAGGUGGUGCAAACUACCUUUGCCUUCCACAUAAGCCAAAGUAUGACAGAUACAGAAAUGGCGUCCAGGGUGGGGCAUAUAUCUACGGCACCGAAUAUCAAGUAAGUUCGUUCGUUGGCACCGUUUUCAAAAGAAAUAUCCAUGACUAUGAAGCUCUCUGCGUUGUCUGCUUUGUCAAGUCACGUGGCUCAAUGCUACUGAUGCCUGCAAGAAAUGACUGUCCAUCUGGAUGGACUGAAGAGUAUCAUGGGUACCUGAUGGCUGAACACUACCGUCAUCCGCACUCAAGAGAUUUCAUCUGCCUUGACGGGGACCCGGAAUAUGUUCCUGGUAGCCAAGCAAGCAGAGAUGGUGCUUUGCUUUACCCUGUGGAGGGUAGAUGCGGCUCGCUACCUUGUCUUCCCUAUGUUGAAGGUCGAGAGUUGACAUGCGCUGUGUGCACCAAGUGAAGCUCCUCGUGAAAUAAAAGUAAUAAACAGUAAUUUCAUAAACUCUCAGCUGUUAAUCACACCUGCUUGUUUGAAAACAGUUAAAGCAGUAAGCAAGGUGUGGUGGGCAGAACAUAAGGUAAUGUUAACAAUAAACCACGUGAUUGCCUCC